UUGCGUUCCAGGUGAUGCAGGAUGGGGAACCUGCUCAGGCUGCUUGCGCGGGACGAGACCGGCAACAGCUGCUGCUCGCACCAGAAGUACGACGUCUUCUUAGACUUCGAGAACGCGUCGCCGAGCGAAGCUGAGGCCGACCUGUACAAGGACGUGGCCCGGGUGCUGCAGGUGUCCCAGGAGAUCAUCCAGGAACUCCACCAGUACAAGGGAGCCGCCAAGGAGAUCAGAGAGGCCAUCAGCGAUCCCGGCGACGACUACCAGCGGCGGGCGUGGGAGACGGUGACGCCGCUCGUCCAGAAGCUCAAACAGUUCUACCUUUUCUCCAAUGACAUCGAGGUGAUCGUGCCGCGGAUCCUUGCUGAAUUAUGUGGGCCAGAAGUAACUCCAACACAACACCUGGAGACACAGCAAGCACUUGUCAAACAGUUUGCGGAGAUUCUGGAGUUUACACUCAAGUUUGACGAGCUUAAGAUGACAACCCCAGCUAUCCAGAACGAUUUCAGCUACUACCGACGCACAGUCAUGAGGGGCAAGCUAGAGUCCAACAAUGGUACGGACCCUGGGGAGGACGACGUAACCAUUGACCACCAACUGGCAAAUAAAAUGAGUCUCUUCUAUGCUAACUCCACGCCCAUGCUUAAGAUCCUCAGUGAAGCUACUUCGAAAUUUGUAACCGAGCACAAAGAGAUUCCCCUUGAGAAUACCACAGAAACCCUUGGCACCAUGGCCAAGGUCUGCCAGAGAAUGUUGGAGAAUCCAGACUUAAUAGCAAGAUUCAGGCGAGAGGAAACACAACUUUUCAUCCUCCGCGUGAUGGUUGCCCUGAUCAUUCUGUACGACCAUGUUCACCCCCACGGUGCUUUCGUUAAGGCUUCCAAUGUUGAUGUGAAAGGUUGUGUGAAGGUUCUGAAGGACCAGCCUGCAUCCAGCUCAGAGAACUUACUUAAUGCCCUCAGAUAUACGACCAAGCACCUUAAUGAUGAGAAUACGCCAAAGCAGAUCAAGACUUUAUUGUCAGUAUAACACCACAAUCCUAGUAUUAUGUAGAUUGGUCAGUGGGGUUGAAGUGUUGACUCCUGUUGUGUGUUCCCUAGGCAGACACCCACUGUUUCAUGCAUAUCUCUCUUAGGGGAGUCUAAACUAGAAUGAUAUAUAAACUCUUUUGUCAGUUAUGGCUCUUAAACAUGUUUGUUUUAGAGAGGAGUUGUUGGGAUGUUUCUUUAUGAGUAUUUAAAGAAGAAAAAAAAGAAUGGUUCUCAUUUUCUUUCAGAAUAUUUGCUAAUAGAGCAUUUAAGAUGUAUAAAUUCCCCCACUUUUUUCACUGAUCCAUGGUGAAUCAUACUUUCCACUUGGGUCUUUAUAUAAAGUCAUUUAAUCAUUUGAUGUUGCAAUAUUUUAGUGUCCGGUAAUUGGAGAUACAUUGAUAUUCACAAUGAAAUCAUUCAGGAAGGAAUACAAGAUUUUAUUAUUGUUUCAACUUACAACUGACUCACAUAUUGGAAAUUGGUGUAAAAUUGUAGUGGAAUUGUCUCUUUGGAAUAUGAGUUUAAAGUGGUUAGGUUACCAUCUGCUCAGUUUAUAGUUUAAGAGUAAAUUACUACCAAAGGUAGUUAUGUAUAUAAUAAAGCAAACCUGUGUUCAUUCAGUUAUAGAAGAUAAACCCCCCCCCACCAACAGUACAUAAUUACCUCAUGUACGCAGAUCAUAUUUCUAAGAAUAUCAAUGGAAGGAUUCCGUCUCACAGUGGACUUAAUUUCUUGCCCCUGCUUUUGGUUGGGCCCUGCCUUGAAUUAUGCUCUUCCAAGUCACAGCAGCAGAAAGUGGACUAGGUCUUGGAGUUAAAAUUGUCUAAGUAUGUACACAGUAAUAUGAUUUAUAGAUGAGAGUAUCCUAGAUUAAGAAUUAGCCAGUCACCCUUGCAGUGUACAAGGCUUUGGACGGUUAUAGGUAUUGCAAAUCACCGCACGAAGUACAAAGACUUGAAUAAAGUCUCGUCAUGAAGCACAAAGAGAAAGAGCAUUGUGCAUGAUGCUGCAUGUGUAAUUUUGAGGUCAGCUUAAGUAAGGAGGAAGAUUAUGCCGGCUGAACUGUAUCCCAAUGCACCAACAGCAUUUAGAUCUUUGUCAUAACAGUAACAAAUUGAGUUAGUGUUGUAUUUUUUCACAUCAUGCUUUGAGUUUAGAUAAUUACACUUUUCCAAGAAAAAUUCUACUUUCAUUGGUCUUCAGGUCUAGUGAAAGUUGUAUUCAACACUCAUGUAUAUAGAUAUAAAUAAUCGUAUAAAUAUAUAUAUAUAUAAAGAGAUAUAUAGUGCAUUGUUUAUAAGUCAUACAGCCACUGAUAUUAUAAUGACCAUAGUCAUUGUUUACACUUGAAAAAUUGUUUGUGAUAUACAAUAUAGGAAAAGAUUUCAGGAAGAUAAUUUCUCUAAUGUUAGUCACAAUUUGUAUAGAAUAGAGACCAAGUUCAUUUAUGUAGUUGAAUUGAGAGUUGAAGGAUAUUGGAAAGGAAAUCCAGCGACAUAUUGUCUUUUAUAAAGAUCAUUCUUGGAAGAGGCUUCUUUUUUUUCUUUACUUUUAAAAAAUUAUUUGUAUAAUAUAGUUUCAAGACAAUGUUGAGUUUGUUAUCAAGGCAUAUAUAUAUGGGUUAUCUAGUUUUUAUGGAUGCUUUUGAUAUUAUUGUUACUGUUGUUCUUCACAAUUUCUACUUACUCUUAAGAACACAGCUCACAUGCAUUGGUCACAAAGGUUACUCAGAGCUUAGCAGAACAGCUAGAAUACUAGGACAGUAGGACCUGUAAUUUUACUGGCAUGCUUCGGGUGUAUGGUUUUAUAUCUAUGAAUUCCUCAAGUAGUCAUUACCAGUUACAUUUUGCCUGAAAUAAGUCAGUGAUAGUUUUAACUCUCUUAUGGUUCUUCAGGUUGUGAACCUUUCCUUUGAAUACUCUCCACCUCUUGAAGUCUGUCUCGUGGCUCGGAAUGAAAAUUUCUUCCCAGGGAUUGAUGUACGUUGAUUUGCUAGUCUGUCAUAAUGAAGACCGUAAUUUCCCCCAUCCCACACACUCCGAACCAAAGCCUUGAAUUUAGUGAUGGAUAUUUGCUGUAACACUGCCAUCUUGGCCUAUAUUUGAUCAUGUACGUUGAGCAAUAUAUCGGUAUAUGAUGGGUUUCAGCUGAAUUUUAUAGGGAUAGGCAGGUUUUGUAUUUAACAUAGGUACUGAUUUGGCUUUGUACAAUGCAUUAUACAACAUUUACAAAGAACACCUUUUUUCCACUGGAGAAUUAAGCUCUUCUCGUUUUACAGUGCACUCAACAGCACAAAUAGAAUACAGUUUUAAGCAGGGUUCUGUAGUCUCUUUAUACACAGGUAACUUUUUACAUAGUUCUGAUGACUAUUAUUGCAUACUUUUUUCAUUGUUUCCUUUAACAAUUAUAAAUGUUUAGUUGAGUUGAAAAGUAAAUAUAUAUGAUUUUAGAAUAAACUCCAUUGAAGUAUGUAUACAAAUUAUACAGCAUAACACUUUUUACACUUUUUUACUUUUCUACCUGCAUUGUUUUUGUAAAAGAAGUGCGAGGGGGAGUGACGUGGGACUUUCAGAACAGCUGAUAUUUAACUCCUGUAAGACUGUUCUUAUCACCCAACUGUUACAUACAUCCUGGUGAUCUGCCUUUGAACCCCCCACAGUGUACAUAAUCUUCAUUUAGAAAAUCUUUACCAACAGUUACAUGUUAAUCACCAAAAAGCAUACAAUUAGAAUCCUUUUUUGUCUCAUAAUAAUUACGUUUCGUGUGUAUAACCUGACAGCCUUAGUAUGGUAUUCCAGAUAUGUGGUAAAUAUAUUAUUUGAUAUGGAAAUCCCUAUCAUUAAAUAUCUGUGUAAGAUCUAAGAUAUUUGUGUGUAACCUGUUUCAUACUUUAUCCCAUUUUCAAGGUUUAUUAUCUCAUAUAAUGAACUUUUAAAAAUCAAACAAGUAAAAAGAGUAUAAGUUGGGUAAUUAAUGAGAAUUUGUUACUUCUUCUAACUUGUUUGUGUAAAAAAAGAUGAAAAAAAAAGGAAUUUGUGGAAGUAAAUAAUUAGAAUAACAUGUAUAUCAGUAUUGUCCGUGUCGCAGUGUCUCUGAAAGUAUAUACUGGAGUGAUUUCAUUUAGUCACUUUACCAUAACCUGUAUGACAAAGUGUUUGAAAAACAGAAGUAUUGUAUAACCUGCCACAGGUUAAUAAUGGGCCUAUAGCCAGCAGUGUAUGCCUCUAGUUGGUGUUUUGUGACAUGUACAUAAUGAUAAGUGUUCUCAGUGUAACCAAAGUCUUCUUGAUGAGGAUAACACUUAAUCUCUAGCAUACAAAGUGGAAUAUCUGUAGGAAAGUUAUGUUUAUUCCUAUGUUUUAUUCUUUUUCCAUUGCAAUUUGUAGUGAUGCAGGGUGGGAGGAAACUUUUAAGAUAUCAUAGUGAAGCAUUUUUAAUUGAUUGCUGUAAUUUUAUGGUAGGAUGCAUCCAGGUAAAUUAUGAAAUAAACUUUGUAUAUUCAUAGGUCUCAUAGACCCAUGACAACGCAAUUUUUGGUCUGGUGCAAGAAGAGCAAAUGUUGCAUAGGUAUGUGUGUAUAAUUUUAUUAAACAUUUGUUUGAGA